UGUUCUCGCGGCACCGCCCCCUCCUGCUUCUCCCUGUUCCCAAUGCCGGACCUGACCCAGCUGCUGUAGAAGAACCCCGGCGCGUCUGGAACUGCUUAUGUAAAAAUGAAUCAAGUUAAGAAUGAACACCAGAGAAGUGCUGUGGUAGAGUGUGCUUCAUGUCAUGUUGGCUUUCUGUUUAAAAAAACAGUAGGCUGGCAAUUUUAAAGGGACAGCAACAAAGUGAUGACCAGGUGCCAAGUGCCAGCUGCCCUUAUUCACCAGAUUGAGCAAGAAUUGGAUGAAGAAGAAGAAGAGAUGAUGGUUUUCCUAUGUCGAGACCUUGCUCCUGACUUGGCCAAUGCUGACCUUAGAGAGCUUUUGAUGGCUUUGAAUGAGAGGGAGAAAUUGUCUUUCCUCGGCUUGACUGAGUUGUUGUAUAGAGUUAAGAGGUUUGAUUUGCUGAGGAGGAUCUUGAAGACUGAGAAGGCAACAGUGGAAGCUGACCUUUCCAGGAAUCUCAGACUUGUCCCUGAUUACAGGGUACUAAUGGUGGAGAUUAAUGAGAAUCUGGAAAAAGAAGAAGUGGGUUCUCUUAUUUUUCUACUCAGAGAUUACGCACCUCGUGUGAAAAUGGCAAAAGAUAAGAGUUUUCUAGCUCUUGUGAUUGACCUGGAGAAACUAAAUUUGGUAGCUCCUGAUCAACUGGAUCUUAUAGAAAAUUGUUUUCGAAGCAUUCACAGGAUAGACCUGAUUAAGAAGAUUCAGAAGUACAAACAUGAAGCAGUAAUAUAUUCUGCUCCUUCUCAGCCAGUAUAUGUCAACGCACUUCAGGCAUCUCUCCCUAAUCUCAGUCUGAUUGAUCCUCCUUAUCAUUCAGGGAUCCAGAAUGUGAACAAAGAAAAAUCAAAAAAUGGACAAAGUCUUAUUCUGGCAGAACCAGUCCAUGUGUCCAUUCAGGAAUCAGGACCAGCAUCAUAUGAGGUGUUCGACGAUAAGUACAGAAUGCAAAGUCAGCCUCUAGGAAUAUGCCUGAUAAUAGACUGUAUUGGGAACAACACAGAUAUGCUGGAAAAGACCUUCAGAUGCUUAGGCUAUGAUGUUCAUUGUCACAAAUACUUAAAUAUGAAGAACAUGAAUCAAACACUGAUUGAAGUUGCAAGGUUGCAGAAGCAUAGAAACUGUGACAGCUUCAUUUGCGUAUUGGUCAGCCGUGGGAAUUCUAAGAGCAUCUUCUGUACGGACCAUACUUUUUCUGGAUUCCCUUUGGAACAAGUAAAGGUAUACUUCAGAGCAGACUCAUGUCCAGAACUUGUAGGAAAACCGAAGCUUUUUUUUAUUCAGAACUACAUUGUGCCAGACAAUGAGCAAGAAUGUACUAGUUUGUUGGAAGUAGAUGGGAAUAAUGAGAACUUCUUAGCUAAUGCAGAAACCCCAUGGAAAGUCACUAUUCCCCAAGUAGCAGACAUCUUUUGGAGUCACUGCAAGGUGAAUGUGUCUACACUAGAAAAAUCUUCAAAUUCAUCCUCCUAUUAUCUGCGUUGCCUGGCUGACCUACUCUGCAGUCCUCAUAAAAGGAAGCUCUCUAUAUUGGAUAUCCAUACGGAACUGAACAGAAGAGUCUAUGAAUGGAAUAAGACUGCUGAUCCAAGCCAACAAUAUUCACUUCUGCUCCAGCACACACUGAGGAAGAAACUUUUUCUUUCUGCCACUUAACUGCUGUUGGAAGGUUGAGGUGGCUAAUGAGAAACAUUUAUGAUCCAGACAGUCCUCACACAUGCUGUUACUUUAUGCAUUGUUACUGCAUGUAUAUCUAAAGUGCCUGUUGCUUCCAACCCCAGAGAUUCAGAAGCAUUUCAGUGUGUUAAGGCACUGGAUUUAUAUUCUAAUACAGAAGGUUCUUAAAGCUUGGAGGAGGAUGCUGGCUAUCAUUUAGCACUGCCACAGAUUUUUCAACAUGUACAAGUAAACAGGUUGGAAAGAGCUCUGUAGAGCUGUUGGUUUCCCAGAGUUUUGCGUAUUAUUUCACUGGUUCUUUUUUAGCAUAGCUAUUAGCAGUGCACUGAUCUAGGUUCUUCUGUUGAUGCUUAAAACAAAUACAAGCCAGUGCAGGCUGCUGGAAAAGCACUGGGUACUCUCCCCAGCACCUAAUAAUGGAAAACACGUUGGGAAAGAAUCCCUACCCAGCAAUGCCAGUUCUUCAUUACCAAGUUCUGGCUUGCAUGCCUCCACAGACUAGCAUAACAGAAGGAGAAGAGAGAUGGUCUUUUAACUAAUUUGUAUUGCGUCUCCUUGCUGCAUUAAAGGUGAUUCACUCAGGACUACUGUCAGUACUAUCCACAGCACACAAGGGUUCUGUUCUACGUUAAUAAAUGAGACGGUCUGCCAUGUUGUGGGCCAACUAUGUUUUUUGCUGAUGCAGAACUGAGUUUACAUGUGGCAGGGCUUUACAGUAAUCUACCACACAGUUAAAAACUGUGGGAUUUUGGCAAGAAUUGUGGAAACUGAAACAUGAUUCACACUUGUUGACCAGGUAUAGUUGUAAAAAUCCACUUUACCAUAUUUGAACCUGUGUUGUGUGCAGCCACUUGCUCUUCUAAGUGAAUUAAACACCACACCCUCACUGCUUUUGCUCAUGAAAAAGGGUAUGUCUUUAUUCAUUGAUUCUUUCUUUUAUUUUCUUUUUCCUCCAAGUUGCUCUUGUUCUUCUGAAAAAGGCAUGAGUGAAAACUAUCAAUACAGAAUUUUUUCUCCAGUGGAGCAGAUGCCUGACACAAGUUAGUUAACGUGCUUCUUAUAUAACAGUAUAACCUCAAUGAGCUGUAUUAAAACUUAAUUUCACCGAA